UUUUCAAUUUCUUGUUUUCAAUGAAUACCCUAAUUUAAUUGAGGAUCCAAAAGUGCCAAUAAUUAUAUUGUAUUGUAUUUACAUCUAAGAAUUUUAUUCUUUAAUUCCAAGGUAUGUCAUUUCGAUAGAGCAAGGCAUUUUAGGAUAUAAAGGAAAUUUAUCUUAAUAUUGGUAUGCAGAAAGGAACUUUUGCAAUGAAACUCCAUUACAACAAUAACGGAAAACUUUAAUUACAAGCAAAGCAUUUGAUGACAUGGUAUGCCAUGGUGAUCUUGCUGAAAGCCCAAAGAAAUAUUGUCAUACAGGUGAGGGGAAAAUUCUCCAAACUAGUCAGUAUCAUGUGCUCAAUACACUUGCCAAGACCUACGACCUUGACCUAUAUAUUUUAUCACAUCUUCAGCAUUGGGUAAGCAUGGACUAUUUGGUCACAGUACUAGUUUUCAGUGUUUCAGCAACAUGCUUCCUCUCAAUUCCCCUGCAGGGGUGUCUACAUCACCAGACCUUGUGGCAGUGCAUGUUGAUUUUACAGGUAACUAGUGGCAUUUAUGUUUCUGAGUUGCAUAUCUUGCAAUUUCUAAGAACAAUGUUUCACAUUUUAUAAGUCAGGCUUCCUAUGCCUAGUAUAACGAUUUUUUUUGGAUAAUUUUAAACUUAAAAAUUCUGGGAGGGGACAAACUUUAUUCUUCACUGAUAUUAUGAAGAGCAAUAAAAUCAAAGUUCGAGUAACUUUAUUCAUUACACGUUACUUGACCCUCCAUUACAUGUAUUUACUCUCCCAUGCUCAAAGAAACAAAUUCUCUGCAAGAUAAAAAAUGGGCUUUCAACACAAAUUAUCACACACAUUAAUUCCAAAAUAAAAAAGGAUAAAUCAGUACUGCCACAAACCAACAAACAUGGUAAUUACAGUUCAACACAUUAAGUAAUAUAAAGUACACAAAACUGACCAAUGUUUGAUGGUAUGGCACCCUUAAGACCAACCAAUAAUAGUAUCUACCUCAUGUAAAAUAUACAAGAUGCACAACAAAUAUAUUUAACAAACAGCUUUCCCUCUUGUAGAUCUAAUUUACACUUUGAUCCUGAAGGCAUACUUUUUUUAACAUGUGUUAGCACAUAUACAAAUACAAGAUGUUCAACCACACUAAGCAGCAGCAUCUCACAAUUCACGGAGCAUUUUUGCAAACACAUCAUAACAAUGUUUACAAUAUUUGUAAAUAACUUCAAUUUCCCAGUAUUUUACAAAGAUAUUAUGUUUACGUCCAGAUUUUGACUGGAACAAUAUAAGGCCAAAUCAUAAACAGGACAGCUAUGCCACGGGUAAUAUAUAUUUUUACAGUAAUGAACCCUGAACAGGUUAAUGAUUGGAUGAAGAGCUUACAGUUAGCAACUUAAUUCUAACCUAAUAAGAGUCCAAUGCAAAAUGGAAGCAUCAUUGAUAACCUAAAAAAUUAUGUGACUUGAGAUUAAUUAUACAUUUAUAACAUUCUUGCAAUAAUGAUUACACCAGAGUUCAUCAUCAAUGGACACUGCACUUCAAUGAGGCAGCAUGCAGUAAGAGCUGACCAUAUAUCAUAGAAGCUAUGCACUGGGUAUAUAUAAAGGUGUCUACAGGGUAGUUAAAUGUACAGCUUGCCAGUCAGAGUACUUAACUAACGCAGUUAAAUUAUACAACUUACCAGUCACAGUACAUAACUAAUGUUUAUAUUAUACUGCAAUAUUAUUCAUGAAUCAGCUAGUUACUCUGCUAAUAUUACUUCAUAACUGACCUUUAAUAUAUAUUGCAACUAUCUGAUUCAUAUGUACUGCAUAGAUGGCAGCAACUGACACAAGAAGCCUUUAUUCUUAGUAUAUAAUAAUUAAAUAUACUACCAGAAGAAUUUGGUAAUUCAGCUGGCAGUAAAAUUGCAUGCCCUGUUUACUGCAGCAUGCUUCUGCAAGUCAAUUACAAGCAAAAGCCCUCUAUUUAGCACUUAUUAACAUCUGGUGGAGUAAGAAGAAAUUCAUCAGCACGCUUGUGAUCAUUAAGUGCUUUCAUUGUGUAUGUAUCACAAGGGAGUUCAGAUUUUCGCCGGAGAAAUGGUUUAUCUUUAUUUCGCACUUUCUGAACCUCUCUAGCUUCAGCUUCUAAUUUUUCGUAGGUAAUAUCAAGAGCUGCAUCAUCUCCAGGAGACCCCAAAUCCCCCAUGCUAUUAUCAAUGCUAUUUGUACGUGAUGGAGCAUACCCAGGAUUUCGCAUUGCUAACACUUCCACCUGAGACCAUGCUUCAUCCCGAUCUCUCUGACGUUCUUUCUCUUUUUGUCGUUCUUGUUUAUACUGCUGUGUACAUUCAUCAAAUAAUUUUUGAUUCAUUUCCAUAAACAAUUUUAGUGCAUUAUAUAUCAAACCAUGAAUAGUUUUAUUCCAAUGAGACUUUGAAUUGUGAUACAAAGAUGGAAACAUAAUGGGUAAAAUUUCAGCUGCAUUAUCACUAAUCAGAGACAUAAUAUAUUCAUUGUUCCAAUAAUACAAUGCUCUUUCUGCCACCUGAAAAUGAGGGCUAGAUACACAUUUGGCCAGCUGUCUAAACAAUGGAUCAAUAACUUUCUGAAAUUCUGCAGGUUCAAUAACAUCAAGUAUUUCUUCAAGUUCAUUAAGAAACAUUACUUCCUUAGGAGAAUGGGUUUUAGGCCAAAAUUUUAGUAAUGAUUUUAUAACUGGUUCAGUGAGCAAAGGAUCUUUUUCUAAAAACUGAACAACACAAUAUGCUAACUGUGGAUGAUACACCGAUAAUGACUUCACUUUAUGUAAAGGUAAAAGAACCUUUAACAGAAAUACUUUAUGUUCCUCUUUGAGUGGUAAGGCAAAACCAUUAAUAAUGCUACCCAAAAUUUCCAAGAGUUCUGCUAUUCCAUUGUGAUGUUCAGUUUCAUAUAUAAAGCGAUAAAAAAUAUUAUUUAUUUGUUUUCUUAUGUAGGCUCUUAAUCCAAGAAAUUUACCAUAAAUUCUAUGUAAUGUAGUCUUAAGAAAAUCCCUUUCACGAGGAUCUUCAGAAUCAAAGAGCUCUAACAAUUGCAAAACAAAUUUCUGAUCAAUGUGCCUUUUAGCAAUAUUGGGUUGAAAAUCUGGUGAUUCUAAAAAUCGCAGAAAAAAUUCAUAUACCAAUUGCAGAUGUGGCCAUGCAGCUUCCAGAGUCGGUUCAUCUUCUUCUGGAUCAAAUUCAGCUCCGUUUGGAUUGCUCGAAGGUGGUAAGGUCCUGAAGAGAUUCACAGCAAACAUAGUUACUGCUUCUGGAUAAAUUGCUUCAGUGAUGACACCCCUUUGAGUGGUAACAAAUUCUACCAUUUCAUGUAAUGCGGCACGUUUUACUUCUUUCCAUUUUAAAUCAGAAAGUGGAUCAGCAACAAAGUCAAAUAAAACACAACACUGAUGGAUUUUCUGGAUAAAUAACUCCUCUCUUUCAUUGCUGGUAGCAUCCUUGAGUAAAGGCAGUUUCUGAAGCUCUCGAUUUUUGCUUAUGUUGAAUCUUGAAGAUGAUUGUCUCUUGUCUUUUUUAAUAUGAGGGGUACCAGGAGACUUGAUUUUAUUAAUCUGGGUGGGAGGUGGGACACUACCUCCUGGUGAUAAAAACUGUUGCUGCUGAGGUUGCGACGAAUUCGUAUUUAAUUUAUUCAUUUCGUCACCGUUGUCAACAUUAUCUUUACCGUUCUUUCCAUUACCAGUCUUUUUCGAUGGUUCUUUCUCCUUUUUCGGUUUGUUAGGCAUUUUGACGUCUCACGACAUACAACACUAGCACUAAUUGAAUAGUCAACUAUUGACUGUAGGUUACAUUAGCUGUACUGUGUUCACCGACGGGACUAGCGGUUACGAUGAAACUUGAUGAGCACUCAAAUACUUAAAAUUACUCUUCUUGCUUUUAGUUCAUAACGUUCACCGGAAGCGAUUAACUAUCGUGCAGCCCUACAAUAAGGCCAUUAAUGAACGCCACUGUUCGCUGCUACUCUUUAAGCACGUGCAAUAAAUGAAAGGCUGAAUUCGCCAGAUAAGAACAAAUAAUCUGUUAGCACACUUCAGCACAAGUAUAUUAUUUCAUACACAUGUAAACUCCUCGCAGAUUCAACACUUCUCACUUAUACCAUCUCCAUACUCUCUGCUACUAACAAGUCAAAACAGUGACGACACCGAUGAGCUAAAAUGAUGGAGGCUUCUACUAGGAAGAACUAAGGGACAGGCGACACGAGUAACAUUCGUCCUUUUCUUUGCCGACGAACUCAUAUCGAUUGUUCUUUUCUUUAUACGACAUAGUAAAAUAAAGUUAAAUCUUCAAGGCCAAAAUAAGGAAUUAUCCUGACAGCUUGGUUUACUCCAUUGCCAACAAGUUCAUCCCUAAACAACGGUCAUUACUUGCAUCCAGAAAAUCAUGUGCUGUUGGUUUCUGUUGGUAACUGACCCGGUCAAGUUGGCCAGCGCCUCCAAUGGAGGGCAAUAUAAUUCAUCGUUUGUAGAUAAGGAUUACGAAGGUGUACAUCAUAGCGUCCAAUUUGAUACAAUUCAUUUCUCUUCUAUGUUUACAAAUAAUUGCUAUAUUUAAUACUCACGCAAAUAUCGAAGGGAUGCAUAGUAAAAAUUAUUUAUUUUAGGUUGGAUUGACGAGUGAGAACAAAUUGUGGAACAUCCAUGCGGCUUACAGUAUAUAUUACGACUGCGCACAAGUGGCAUUUCGCUUCCGCGCACAAUUGUUUCGGUUUAUUUGCAAGAGUCCUAGCAUCGACAGCUACCUAACUUGUAUAAUCAGUUUCACGUGUCGAGAUUGUCAACUCAUUUUCAUAAAAGCGAAGUGACGCACAUCUUUAUCUCAUAAUCUGGUUAUAUCGUUGCAUAUCAAAUCCAGAAUUUAGAAUUAAUGUAAUUGUGGUAAAGUUUUCGACUUUGUGUUGGAUGACAAAUGUUCAUUAAAGUAUUAGUGUCGGUUGUGCCAUGAUCCGUACUUUUUAUAUUAUAAUACUUUCCUAAUCAGACCUUUUCCUGAAAUGUUUGGUAGGUAAAAAAAGUUAAUUUUUAUAACAAAUUACGGGGAUUUUUCGUACUAAAAAUUCACAUUUUGAAAAGUUGACUGAAUAUUUCGUCUAAAUUCGUAAUUCUGUGAAGAAAAGUGUCAAGAAAAGGACUGAUUCGCCUAUUUGUCAAAGAGUAAACUUAUAAUUCUAUUAGUUGAUUUUUGAAAGCCGAUAUAAAUAUUCGGCAAAAUUGGGAGUGGGGGGGGGGAAUGAAUCUGGCUCGGAUAUAAACGGUGCAGUGCCGUAUCCAAUAGUAAACUAGUUUAGUAGUACGCUGGAGAUGGUACACUGGUCGGGACUUGACACAUCAUGGCAACACGAUUGUGUAAAUUCUUCGUGAUUCGCAGGACUGACAAAGUGCGAACAACAGCGAAUCAAAUCCGCGUGAUUAGCUCGUGGUUGAAGGCAGUCUAAUAUUUAACGUAUUAUUGUGCUUUUUUGCAGUGAAUCAGCUUAUGAACUCAUCAAUUUGACAUGAUGGGAACUCAGAGUACAGAAGGUGAUGUUCCUGUGCAAUGUUUUGAGAUAACCUCUAGCUUUCCUACGUCCAGGAGUUCCUCGAGUUACAUCAUGCACGAAAGUCCGUUUCCAAUCCUCAUCCGCCAAUCUGAAAUACGAUAUAGAAGUGGUGUGAACAGAAAUAUUUAUUCUAUCCCAAGAAUUAGUUCACCCCAACUUCUUCAGAAUAAUGUUGUAGAGAACAAUUGUUAUGAACCAAAGAUUCACACCCCAAAUCACCAUGGAACAAGUACUCGUCAAGCAGUUGCAACCGUUAUUACAAUAUUUGUUGUGUCUUUACUUGCCCUGUUGUAUAUCUACAUGAAGUUUCCUGAACUUCAAGAAAGCGAACAACAGCACCUUAAAAUUCCAUGGGAUAUUGAAGAUGCAAAGCGCUUAGGGCAAGUCUUGGAUCGAUACAAAGAAAAAUACUACUUUGAAGUACUUUUAGCUGUAUUUGUAACAUAUAUUUUUCUUCAGACAUUCGCCAUUCCAGGAUCUAUAUCAUUGUCCAUUCUUUCCGGAUUCCUCUUUCCCUUUCCUCUUGCUUUGGUGUUGGUAUGUUUUUGCUCAGCAACUGGUGCCUCACUCUGUUAUCUACUUUCAUACUUUCUUGGGAGAAGAAUAGUAUACAAGUAUUUUCCUGAAAAAGCAUCCCAAUGGGCUGCAGUGGUCAACAAGCAUAGAAGUAACCUGCUCAAUUACCUGUUAUUUUUGCGUGUUACACCAUUUCUCCCCAACUGGUUUAUUAAUAUUGUAUCACCUGUAAUUGAUGUACCUUUGUUUCCAUUCUGGCUGGGAACUUUUUUUGGUGUUGCUCCUCCUUCGUUUGUUGCAAUCCAAGCUGGUCAGACUUUGUACAAGUUGUCUGCAUCUAGUGAUGCAUGGUCUUGGACAUCUGUAAUUUUAUUAGCGGUGUUCGCAAUCCUGUCAUUAGUUCCUGUUCUAUUGAAGAAACAGUUGAGAGAUAAAUUUGAAUAGUUGAAUAGUCCUUAAAAAGUUUCAAGUUUGAUAAUGUGAGCAGUAAGAUCUUAUGUACAAAUCUUAUAAGUGGUGUUAUGUACUUUAUUUAAAAUAUUAUUACCCUGUAUUUUUCUAUUUAUUCUCAUUUUGGAGCAAGUGUGCAAGUGUAUUCUAAUUGUGAUGAUAAGAUGUAUGAUAUUACUUGUAUCAAGAUAUUCAAUUAUUUAGCCAAUGCUCCAAAGACAGUGUUUUCAAAUAAGAAACUUGUGUGAAUAAAACUAUGUUGCAUGUUUCAAUUGGGGCCAAAGAUACUGUGAUACAGUUUACUUGUCCUUUUUAAAGGAAAAAAUGUAUGCGCUGUAGCGGAAUUGUGUUCUUUUGGCUACUUGUAUUUAUCACAUUCCUAUUGAGUAUGAAGAUCUAAAUUAUUUUGUUCUGUGAAGUGCUUUCAGGGUUGUGAACAUUUCAAUCCUGUGUGUCAUUGUAAUGAGUUCUAAAUAAUAUUCUUAAUGGUGUGAAAUUUUGCUGCUAGUGUACAUAACUAGUCAUUGACACUGCUGGUGCAAUUAAUAUGUGGUGCUUUGACAAAAGAGACAAUAUUUAAUCUGUGUGUCCAUACACAUGUAUUUUAUACAUUUUCAUAAAUGUUUUCAGUAUUUGGCCUUGUCAUUCCAUUAUCUAGUUAUUAUUAAUUCAAAAUCUCGUAUGCUAUAUUUUGUUAGUGCCUAAGUAGAAUAUUUUUGUUACUCAGUUAAGGAGCAGUGACGACUUCUUGCCAGCUAUUCCUUUUCACCCACUUAUAUUUUAUCAUCAGAGAUCAUGAUAACAAAAUUUUGGUGAUGAUAGUGAGAGACUAAUUUAGUAAACUCAUUUACAUUUUAUGUUCUAAUUUAUUUUCAUUGGAACAGCAUUUGUAAGUUUCGAAUAUUAUUUGAAGUUAUGUUAAAUUAACCUGUUUAGAAACCACACAUGCAGUUAUCUGAAUAUUUCUAUGAAUUUUUCAGUGCAGUAAAUGAUAUAAAUAGGUAAAUGGAGCAUUUUCAAAAUGUUUACUAGUAUAUUUGAAAAAACAAAAAACUUAGUGUCAUUGAAAACUUAUAGGCAAGUUUCUUUCUGGUAAAAGAAACGUCACUAGUGCCUUACUUCACUUCAUUAGAUACUGACAGUGAGUGCCUUAGUAAUGUUUACUCUUCACAUUUCAAAUAUUGCAAAUGGUUAAUGCUUUUAAGCAUUGUGGAAUAUUAAUUUUAUGCAUUUUUAAAUGUACCACUUUUUGUAUGUAUAAUUUUUAAUAAUUCUUAUUGUUUUGUUGUGUUAUUAAAAGAAUUGUUACAUGUUGUUUUCAAUCUGUUUUCUUAUGGAAUGUGCACUUGAAUUAUAAUGUAAUAUCUGAAACCAUUUUCUUAUGUGAUGCUUCUGCACCCUUUGUACUGAUUUCAACUAAUGCUAAAUAUACAAACUAUUCCCUCAAUCCAUUUCUUUUUUGGAAGAAAAAAUAUAUAAUUACUUUGGUCUCUUCUUGACCACCAUGUAGGCCUGAUGUAAAAACAAAAGUAGGUUAUAUCCUGUCUGUGGUAAAUGCUUAUUAAAAAUGUUAUUAACCAGAUUGUAUUAAGUACAUCAUGAAGUUUAAAUGUGGUGUUAAAAAAUUAACUGUUAUGUGCAAUUUGAAGAUAACCGGUGGCCAACUCAUAACUACUUGAUUCACAAAUACAUAAUAUUUGUAAAAAAUGCUAAGAAAAAGCAACAAACCUGGAAAAUUGUAUUUGUACUUUUUUUUAUUUUUAGGUUACCACUUGCGGUGCACUUUUAAACUGGUUUUUAGUGAUUAGACAAUACAUUACAGGUGUUUUCAUUGUGUGUCUCCAAGUACAAAUACUAUUAACAAAUUAAUUUCAC